AUGGAUUUUCGCGAUGGUUUCCUAAAUUUUGAUUGCCUGAAAUACAUCGCAUGCACAUUUGGAGAUGGGGAGUUGGCCAGUAAAUACUUGGAUUGUACAACUGCUCCAAGUUAUGAUGUUGAAUAUACGGAGGAUGGUAGUUAUGUGGAUUAUUUCAAUGUUAAAAAGCUGGUUGGUCUCAUGUCGAUCUCUGAUAAGCUGAAUUUACAAAACAAAGAUAGUUCUGCAAGGGUUGAAGGGAAAGAUGAUAACAAUUCAGUAGACAAACUACCAGUUAAAUUCAGUUUUAAAUCUCUGUCCAACUCUAUGUUGAAGCAGUCAAAUUCUAAUCAGCUGGAAGAAGAUGUAGAAACAGCUCGAACACUACCCAAAAUUCAGGAGCACAUUUCUGAAUUGAAAUCCGGAACUACUGAUAUUCAACUAGUUGUUGAUGACCAUAAAAAAGUGGCAGAGGAUAUGGAGGAGGGAGAAAUUCCAAACACUGAAUCACCUGCCAAGAAAAUUGAUCAGAGCAAUAAGGUGGAGACAUCUGCAGUUGAUGAUCGUAAGAAAAAAAGAAAGCCAGAAAUUAUGAAAGAAAGUCGAAACAGAGAUAUGCCCCACCAGGGUAGAAGUACAGACAGAAACAGGCGAUCAUCAUCCAGGUCAUCGGGUUCUUAUUCUAGGUCAUCGUCAUCAUCCUCCCAUUCUUCAUACGACUCACGAAAGAGAAAGCGUUAUAAAAAGUCAUAUAGUCGUUCUAGGUCAAGAAGUUAUUCGUACGGUAGAAAGGUAAAAAAUUAUGGAUAUUACGGUGGCUAUUACAAUCGUAAGAACUCUUAUGGUAAAAAUUACAAAAAUGAUUACUACAAGCGUGACUAUGAUGAUAGAUACAAGACAGACAGCUAUAGGGUUAAAUCAAAAGUUCAACCCAGUAAAAAAUCCAGCUCAACAAGAAAAACAAAACUAUCUGGAUUGAGGUCAAAGAGACAGAAAGGUCACAGAAGCAGUAGUGAAAGUAGUUCAAGUGAUUCAGGUGAUAAUAGAGCAACAAAAACCAAAAAAUUACCCAACAAGAAGAUGAAGUUAGUAGAAGAAAAUUCAAAAAAAGCCAUUUCUAAAUCAUCUACCAAUUCUAAAAUGGUUAAAAAACCGAGUGAUGUAAAUUAUGAAGAGAAUGAAACAAGGGUUGUUAAACAGAAAGAGUCUGCUAUUAAAAACUUGAAAAAUACAAACGUCGAUGACAACAACAACAACAACAGCUACGACGUCAACAACAUUACUUCAGCUGCGAUGACAUCAACUACGACAUCCUCGGUCACCACUGACAGCUAUCAUCUUCAUCAUCAGAGACAUCAUCUGGAGGAUAAUGUCCAGAUAUCCGCUGACAGCCUGAGUAGACGCUACUACGCUGAGAAAAAUUCAAUCUUCGAUCAGGAUGAUAACAAUUCUGAUGACACACACUACUACCAUCAGCAUCUUCAGCAGCAGCAGCAACAUGUAGAUGGAAGUAGAUUGCAUGCUGAUGGAGAAGAUUAUUACAAUGAUAAUGUUAGGUAUGAUGAUAAAUAUGCAAACAGAUCUAUCAAAAAUGUAAAAAUUGACAAUGUUGACAGCUAUAAAAACAUCAAAAGUUCAACUAAAAGUAAACAGUAUUCAGAUGAUGACGAUAGAAACCUUGAAUCGAGUAAAAAAUCAACCACUAUCAGCAACAAAGAUAAAAAAAUUUCUUCCACAAAGUCGUCAGAAGCUCAUCGAAAACGAGACAACAACAACGAUGAUGACAACAAGGAUGCUAAUUACAGCAACAAAAAUGUCGACGACAGCACCCAACAACAACAACAGUUUAGUUGGCACGACAACUACAGCCGCAGUGAGAAUCCUAUGCAUAAUUCUAAUGAUGGUGACGAUGAUGACGAAGGCUACGAUUACGAAAACGCCAAUUUCUGGGACCUGGACCCUCUUCUUGUCAACAGUAUCCAAAUGGCGGCUGGCGAUGAUGACCUUAUACUGACCCCGGACAAGAUAAAAGAGCUUAAGUCCACUCACACCAAUGCACAGCCAUUGAUUAGUAGUAAGAACUACACUAAUAGUAGUGUGAAUUUUUCUACCUUUACUAGCGGUACAAAUUUUCUUAAUGAUGCUGCUGGUACUUUUGCUACUAAAGAUUUGGCUGGUGUUUCUACUCUUAGUAAAAAUAUUGAUGAUUUAUGUAGUAGUAAUAGUAGCACUACGACUGUUUUUGUAAAUUCUUCUGCAGCUACUACUACUACUGCUGCUGCUGCUGCUGCUACUGCUAUCAUCUCUACCACUCCUUUUCCUACUACUACUUUUGCUACAGCUGAUGAUGAUAAUGAUAUGAUUGUAAGGCAGAUGGUUGAUGGUGAACAAUUAUUUGGCAAUACAUGUGAUGAAGAUGUGGGUGAAACAUUUGGCAACGAUGAGAAUGAUGAUAACGGUGAUGAUAAUAAUAAUAACAAUAAUAAUCGUGAUGAUGGUGACGACAAUGAUUGUAAUGAAUCUGAGUAUUUGAAGCUGGAGAGGAUGCUAAAUAUUAAUAGAAAUGUUGAAGAUGAUAACGCGGCUGCUGCUACUUCUGCUGCUGCAGCUGACGACGCGGCUGAAGAUAGACAGAUGGAAAAUGAAAUGAAUGAGGAUUGCAUCAACGAAAAGGAUGAUAAUUACAAUGAGUAUAGCGAUUAUGGAAAUAUGGAGAACCUCAAUGACGGUGGUGGUGAUGAUGAUAUUGUUAAUGAUGCUAACGACGACAGCAUUGUUGUUCAAUCACCAUACACCAACUAUUUUAAAGAUUUUAAAGAAACCAGUACGAUCCCAGAGGGUAAUAAUAAUAAUAAUGAUAAUAAUAAUAAUGAUGAUGUUCAUGAUUAUGAUAAUGACGAUGAUAUCAACUUAGAUCAUGAUAAAGAUACCAGUUGCAGUGCUUAUAAAACUGCCACGAUCGACAUCAAACAUUCCGAAAUUUCUGCAUGUCCCGUGAACGAUAGAAGCGACACGACUCCGCAACUGCUUGCCUCCAUGGAAACAAGUGAUAACAAUAGUAAUGAUGACAACAACAACCCUGAGACCAAAGAUCUCAAGUGCAAGAAUCGCUACAAGGUCGGGGUGGUUAAAAAAUCCUCCAAGCCUAAGGCAGCAGUCGAAGAAAAAGAGACAACGUCGACUUGUCAUAGAUCAAUUCUAAAGAAAGAUUCUACUCACAAAGUGGCCCCUCUGUUGAAUAAUAAUGAUAAUAAUGAUAAUAAUAAAUCAAUUGAUGACGUCAUCAAUUAUUGUCAGCUGGCCCUGAAUCAGGCGCUUGCACUUUCUAAAGGCCCAGCUGUCAAUAACGAACGUCUAAAUGAGAUUGUCGAAAGAAUGAUGAGAGAGGCUACUAGCUUGAGAGAGUGUAUUGGGGCUUCGGCAGUGCCGGGUAAUAACCCUCAACAAUCCCUCCACCAACAGCCAAGAGUGACGUCAGCAUCGACCUCAUCUUCAUCAGUGUCGACCGUUAAAACCGGUAAAAAACCCGAAAAUGUAGUCAACGCCGUAAAUGGCAGUCUGAGUGUUGAAACCGUACUGGCCACUAGUUACCUCUAUUCGCCACAAAUUUCGCCCCCGCCCCCGCCACCCCCUCUACAGCAGCCUUCUUCUGCCAGGGUCCAACAGCCACACAAUCAUUUAAAAGUGAACUUAGAUCAUAUGAAUGUCAGUGGUGGAGGCGGAGGUGCGUCUCAACAUUGCAACAAAUGGAUGGAAAAGUUUCAGCCCUCCGGCGUGCAUGGGGGUGGCUCGAGGUCGUCCCCUAGUGACACCCACUUGACACAUAGGGACUCCGAAGUCAUUCCUUGCAAUACUAUAUCGGUUGAGAUGGAGCUAAGGAGGAUUAUGAAGCCUAUGUACAAUAGAGGUGACAUUACAAAAGAUCAGUACAAAGACAUCAUGAAGAAGGCUGUCACUAAGAUUUGCCUGUUGAAGAGAAACCUUACGCUGCACGAACUAACUGACUAUUUGCAAAUGUACAUUGAUAGCGUUAAGAGAUGAUGAUAAUGAUAAUAUUAAGUUCUAUAUAUAUAUAUAUAUAUAUAUAUAUAUAUAUAUAUAUAUAUAUAUAUAUAUAUAUACAUUGUUAUAUAUACUGUUUUAUGCUGUUUGGAUAUUUUUAUUAUUACUUAACUUCCCUUUGUCGUAAUGAUUGUAUAAAGUAUGUUCUCGCAUGUGUGUGUGUGUGUGUAUAUAUGUAUGUAUGUAUGGAUGGAUGUAAGUGUGCAUGCCUGUAUCUGUGUGUAUAUAUAUGUAUGUGUGUUGUGUGUGCGUACGUGUGUUUGUAUGCAUCUAAACGUGUUAUGGAUCGGUUAUUAUUAAUAUUAUUAUUUUCUUGCUUUAGUGUUUUCACUAUUUUUUCACUGAAGAUUUUCCUGGAGAUAUU